AUGAGCGGCGUUACGGAGCUUGAUCUCAACUUCCGUCAUUACUCUACUGUAUACUAUAUCGGUUUUCUUGAGGCUUCUGUCCCCUAUAAGCCCUUUAACUUGCCUCAAUGCCUCUUUAGCUGCGAUUCUUUAAUCCAUCUGAAUUUGGCUCUCUGCGAUUUCAACUGUCCAUUGAAUUUCAAUGGUUUACAAGCUCUGAAAACGCUCCAUCUUCGACGGGUUCAUCUGAAUUGCCUGCUUCUUGAGGAAUCGAAUUUAAGGGAGUGUUUCAGUCUGGACUACAUCAAGGUUUCUGGUCCCAAUCUGCGGCUUAAGAGUUUGAUCGUAGUAGCUCGUGGGUCCCCUAAGAUUGAGAUUUCUGCUCCAAAUCUCCAAUCAUUUGAUUACUGUGGUGCUCUUUUCUAUGGACCUUCAUUCGCAAACUUUUCACAGUUGGUGGAUGUGAUUUUAAAUUCAAGAGGCUAUCAACACAAGGAACCAGAGCAUGAUUAUAUACAGAUUUUGAAAGACCUGGCUCAUGUUAAGGUUCUAACCGUAUGCGACGAGCCUCUUAAGCAGAUAGGAAUGUCGUCUAAAGAGAAAUAUUACACAUGGGAAGAUUUACCGAUCACCUUCGACAAUCUGCAAGAGUUGCAGCUGAUGCUAACAUCGACUAGCAAUAAAUCUCUCUCCGACCUCUAUGCCUUCUUUGCAAACUGUUUUUUCCUUCUUUGGAGAAACUUUUCAUUCAAGUCCUAACAAAUGAAACCCUUGAUGGCUUCUAUAAAAAAUUAGUUGUGGAAGAGCCUUCGAAUUGCAUUUUCCAUAAUCUCAAGUCAAUCAAGAAAACUGGUUUUACGGGGAGCAGAAAUCAAAUGCAAUUGAUAAAGUUUCUACUAGAGAAGGCCAUUGUGCUCGAUGCUCUGAUAUUAAUUGUGCCAAAGAAUUAUCUGUCUCAAUGGGAAUUUAAUAAAAUCCCACCACUAGUGUCUCUCCAUAAUCAACUUCUGUUGCUACCAAAAGCAUCAUCGAACGCUCGGAUUCUGUUAUGUGAACCGUCACACAAAGAUAGCAACUUAUGGCCCACACAUACUGAAGUUUACUCUUGGUCGACAUCAAAUUAUUAUUAAUUGACACAUGAAUAGCUACCGUUCCAAUGAAUAAUGUAAUGUGUGAACCGUCCGUGCUUAUUUGAAGUAUGCACUUAAAUUGUUAGCUUAGUUGUGGCUGUAGUUUUAUCAUUUGACGUCUGGAAGGUGGGCUCCACUGUGGAGAUGAUCUAGUGAAAAAAAAAAGGUUGGGCUUUAGCCAAUUCACCAUGGGGGCCGCAUACAUGCAUCGUGGCUUGAUCCGCAUGAUCUGUGUGCAUGAUAUUCUUCACAGUGCAGACUGAAAUGGCAGCUUAUAUAGCAAAUGUGCUACCCGUGGGGCUAGCAUGCAUGUUUUAUUUUGAUUGUUUUUGUUAAUGUGUAAUGAAAGAAUGCAACCAUUUCUCGUGGGCUAAAAUCAUGGAAUUAGUCAAGCUUUUACU